GUGGGACUGAGGCCGAGCGAGCCGCCAUUUUGGACGCUGGUCUCUCUCUGCCGCCGUCCCUGCUGUAGCCGCCGCCGUCUCCAGUCCGCUGUCGGGCCGGAAAUAUAAAUCAUGCUGGGCUCUGGGUUCAAGGCUGAACGCUUAAGAGUCAACUUGCGCCUGGUCAUAAAUCGCCUCAAACUGCUAGAAAAAAAGAAAACGGAAUUAGCCCAGAAAGCAAGGAAGGAGAUUGCAGAUUAUCUAGCAGCUGGGAAGGAUGAACGGGCUCGGAUCCGUGUGGAGCAUAUCAUUCGAGAAGAUUACCUUGUGGAAGCCAUGGAGAUACUAGAACUCUACUGUGAUCUGCUCUUAGCCCGAUUUGGUCUGAUCCAGUCCAUGAAAGAACUUGAUUCUGGUCUGGCUGAAUCUGUGUCCACUUUGAUAUGGGCUGCUCCUCGACUCCAGUCUGAAGUGGCUGAGUUGAAAAUAGUUGCAGAUCAGCUUUGUGCCAAGUAUAGUAAAGAAUAUGGCAAACUAUGUAGGACCAAUCAGAUUGGAACUGUGAAUGACAGGCUAAUGCAUAAAUUGAGUGUGGAGGCUCCACCCAAAAUUCUGGUAGAGAGAUACCUGAUUGAAAUAGCCAAAAAUUACAAUGUUCCUUAUGAACCUGACUCUGUUGUCAUGGCAGAAGCUCCUCCUGGAGUUGACACAGAUCUUAUUGAUGUUGGAUUCACAGAUGAUGUGAAAAAAGGUGGGCAUGGAAGAGGAGGAGGAGGUGGUGGAUUCACUGCACCAGUUGGUCCUGAUGGAACAGUGCCCAUGCCUAUGCCCAUGCCAAUGCCCAUGCCCUCACCAGGUUCUCCUUUCUCAUAUCCACCUCCAAAGGGACCAUCGGAUUUCAAUGGAUUGCCAAUUGGGACUUAUCAGCCUUUUCCCAAUAUCCAUCCACCUCAGAUACCAGCAACUCCCCCAACAUAUGAAUCUGCUGAUGUUAAUGCUGAUAAGAAUGUUCCUUCUGCACAGGUUGUUGGUCCUGGCCCCAAACCUGAAGCUCCUGCAAGACCCACUUUGAAAACUACAGAUACCUUUGACAACUUUGUGUUGCCUGAAUUGCCGUCUGUCCCCGAUACGCUACCGACCACGUCUGCAGGUGCCAACACCUCAGCCUCUGAGGAUAUUGACUUUGAUGACCUCUCCCGGAGAUUUGAAGAGCUGAAAAAGAAAACAUAGACUUUCUUUUGCUAUACCGCUCCAGGAUUUGGGAGUUGGGACUGAGCAGCUCUCUUCUUGUAAUGAAGAUUCCCAUAGAAUUCUGUUUCCUGUAUUAACGAAUGCUCUCUUCCUCUUGAACUCUCUUCCUGCUGUACCAAAUUCUGCUGCUUUCCAAUUCUUCAUGACUUCAGGAGGCUAACUAUUGGGGAUCCUACAAGAACACUAAGAGGAACGACUCCUGCAGGUGUGGGUUGUUCCCUCAAAUACACUUUUUCCAUCCCCCGUUAGUGUGGUUACAGAUUUUGUGCUUGGCUAUUAUGAAGCAAUUCUGCAGGGGGAAUAAGGCAAGGGAAAACACUGGGAGAGUCAAGGUUUGCUGGACCAUAGGAAAGAGGGUAAGAUGAGGCUUUUUCAUCCCCCUGACCCCCAACUCAGAAACCCCUUCGUAAGGGACAUUUUCAUGGGUGUGAAUUAGGGGCAAUAUUUCUCACAUCUUCAAAUAGAAGGGGAGGAGAAAACAUGGGAAUUACAGCAAUAGUUGCUGGAAGCUGGGCAAUUUCAUUGCAUAUAUACUACUCCUGGCUGCGGGAUGCUCUUGCAUCUGGAUCCAGUUGCAAAGAUUUUUCUGGAAAGUCGAUGGCCCCUCUUAGUUCUGCUGGAUUCUCAGGGAGCCCUCCGUGGCCUUUUACCCCUUUAAGUUUGAAUGCUGAGUUUCUCUUUCAUGAGGGAUCAGUGUUACAGUUUCCUGCUUUUCCCCAUAGCAUAUUCCGUUGUAAGUCAUUUGUUUUUUCUUCUUGAGUGUACCACUGGCGCAGAGAUGACAGUUUAGGUGAGGCAGAAUAUGCCUAGUCGAAGGUUCUGGCUGCCUUAACACAAGCAUUCAAAGUCUCUUAGUGAGUGAGUGGAAAAUCCACUGCAAAUAAGGAAAUCUGUUUUUAUUUGAAUUCUUUAAGAUGAUGUGGAACCUUCAACAGUAUAGUCAAAAAUACUUGGUUGGUGCCCACAGGAGGAUAGUAGUUCUCUGCUUUCCCUGCAUAAAUGGAUGGAGGCUGACAUCCUGACUCUUAACUCUCCUUGGUCCUUUUAGCCAGUGCUACUCUCCCGGGGGGAAGGCCUCCUAUAUCAGUGAUGUGUGACUAGUCUUUUCUGUGUAAUGUAUCUGUACAGAAGUUUCAAACAGCUUUUCUUUAAUUUUUGGAUUGAUUUUUAUUGUGGAGAUUAGUAGCUCCUAAUAAAAGUAAAGAUUCAAUGCCCUGUUUUGCUACCGCUUGGCCAGAGAGUAAAAGUAUCGAUAAGGGGCAUUGGGAAUGGAGAGCCUUAGUGACUGUAUGUAGAGGGUUGUUUAAAUAAGCGACCUAUGGAAGCACACCAGGCAGUCCUAAUGCCAUUCCUGGAGACUUUUAAUUACUCUAAAUGUUUAAGUUAAAUAGUUUGGAGUUGUUGUAUUUAGUCACAGAUAGUAACUUUUGAAUUAUUUCUUGGGUUCAUAAUAAACUGAACCUCUUGUCAGUGCCUUUGUCUUGCAGAAAAAAAAAAAAUCUGAUAUUAAAAUCAGUUCUUUUGCACAGGUUGCAAGGAACUUGGCUUCAUUCUGACUAUUUACCCUCACAGUCACUUUGUAAAUGUGGGCAGUAGAAGUCUAAACUGGCUGUGCCGAGAGAGUACUGGGUGGUUCUGCUAACCUUCUCUACCUCAUUGGCAGUGGGACUGACAGUGCACUGUGAUUGGUCUGUCCAGGAUCUUUGCUCAUAUGCACCUCAACCAUGUCAGGGCCCUGAAGAAUGCCUGAAGUCCACGUAAAUGGAACACACUGCUGAGGUGACUUUAAUUCUUCAUUGAAUCUUACAGAGUUAAGUUGUAAAUAAGAAUGGGUACAUGCAACUGUCAUUCCCCAGGCCAUGCCAUGCGAAAAUAAAAACCACCGGGAUGCUUUACAUUAAUCAGCCAUGGUAGAAAAGCCAAGGAUGGGGAAAGAGAAAGUCAAGUUAGUUCGUUCUCUGCAGUUUCCGUGUUGGUGCCUGCUGCUGCUGGGACUCUUUGCUCUGGCGCCUUUUGAGGCCUCUGUAUUCCUAACAAAUUGGAGAGUUUCUGCAGCAGAAUUUCUGUAAGUGGUGCUUCUUUCUGUGCCUAGUUGUGGAAAAAAAAGGAGGAUAAGAAUGAGACAAAACUUAAAAGAAUUGUUAGAGGCAGAGCAAAAGGAACAGUGCUAAUGUAGAACCUUAACGUGUUGCUAGAAAGUAAGAUGUCACUACUAUUUAGUAAUUGAGUGUCAGCAGGGUGCUAGGAAGUGUGUGAAGAACAUAGAAUUUAGUGUCAUUCUACAAGUAGGAAACUGGCUCAGAGCCCUCUGUAGAAUAGUAUAGAAGGAUAAUGGUGCUGAGUAUGCACAUCCAUUCUUUGCUUUGGUGAUAUUGAGUCUUUCUAACAGCUGAGUCUUCAUACUUACUGAGGUGGGGAAUUACCUACCAUAAUGGACUUUCUCUCCUUGCUGAAGGUCAGCAUAAUUGCAGAAACAAAAAGGUUAACGAUCACAAGCACUAACAAAACGACACUGGUGAUGAUCAGAAAGGAGCCCAGGACUGGGUCUAAGGUGAUAACCUGAAAUGGUAAUGGAAACAAGUCCUGAGUAAUACAUGUAAAUUCUGAUGGAAUUUUAUUUCUGGUUCCAGAAAACAAAGUAAUAUAUUGUUUGGGAUUCAUUCAUAAAAAGCAUUUAUAAAUUUAGAAAAGGAGAAGAAUUAUUACUGGAAAGGAUUAGAAAAGUGCAACAGCUGAUUUAUUUAAGGGUGCAAUACACUUUGUUUAAUGUAAAGGGAUGGAUGAAUUAUAAUAAAACUGUAAAUUACUUAGUUCCCUUUUUUUAUGUAGGUGACGAUGUCCAAACUCAUUGGGAGGGCAUGUGUUCAUUUUUAAGGAAUAACGGGAUUGUGUUCAAUGAAUACAUAAACACUAGAAACAAAACUAUCCAUUAACACAUCCAGAAACUUAUUAAAUAAAAAUGUAGUGGGUUUUCAAAGGAUAACUGUAUAGCCUUUUAUCUUAGUAUGGUUCUUUUACUUCCUUAUGGAAUUGUUUCAUUGUCACAGAACAAUACAGUUCUGUUUCAUCUUCAGUUUUCAGUAUUGAGAUCAUCCAUUUCUCUUAUUUGGAAACCAACCAGAGCCACAUGCCUAGGAUUGUUCUUUUUAUUUAAUUUCACUUCCCUUGACUAUAGAGGUGGUGUUUGCCAUUGGUUUUGGCCUACUGAAUACUACUUGCUUCUUUCUGCUUUUUUUUUUUUCAAAAGUCACUAGGGGAUUAAAAAUGCCAUUAGACUGCAGACCAAAUCCCAGUGUAAAUGCUGCUAUCAGUCACUUAAUUGAAAAAAAAACAACAACAUGGGAUAUAUCUAAUUUCCAAGGCAACUAAAGCCACAAGAUCUUAUAUGUAUCUCUGGCUAAGGCCAUUUACAAAUGUUCUUUAGUCUCAUUUUCCCUUCAAGUUGCAAAGUUCUAAAGGACUGAAUUUGAAGGAAAGGACAAAUUUGAAGGAGCCAAAAAAGAUGUCAGCACAAUAUGAAUGUGACAAAAUCCCAAUUGUGAUUGAAUUGCUUAAGAGUUUGAGAGGCCUAAAACCUCACCAGGAAGAGCUGCAUCCUAGCAGCUAAACAUCUCUGGAUUUUGAGGUGGAUGCCAUCUUUCAAGAUCAACGAUGUCAUCCUUCUACUAUUGUAACAGUAUCUCUGGAAUGUUUACAUUCUGAUAGUUAAAAGAGAUUUCUUUAAUUUAAAUUGAACAUUAGCCUUUAAUUUAGUUUCUUAACACUUUAUAAGUAAUGUAAAGGUUUGAUCUUUUACCUUUCCUGAAGAUAAUUCCUGUUUUCCUGAAAUGAGGAAUUUCCAAUGGCAAUAAAGAAAUAAUGGAGUUCUUCCUAAAA